AUGCGUGCCAGCCAACGGAAUAUUCCUGUCGAUGCCACAUGGUCACAGACGGGCAUCACUGUAGCUGGAGGAAAUGGUCAAGGUAAGGGGACUCAUCAACUCUAUCAUCCACAUGGUUUGUUCGUUGAUGACGAACAAACGAUUUACAUCGCUGAUUACACCAAUGAUUGGAUUGUCGAAUGGAAAUCUGGUGCGACGAAUGGACAAGUUGUUGCUGGUGGUAACGGAUACGGAAAUGGAGAUAAUCAACUGAGCCAACCCUUGGAUGUCAUUGUUGACAAAGAGACAGAUAGUCUUAUCAUCUGUGACAACGGCAAUCAAAGAGUCGUUCGAUGGCCUCGUCAAGGUGGAAAAAAAGGUGAAACACUGAUUUCAAAUCGCUUUUACACCAGUUUAACUAUGGACGAGCAAGGAUCACUCUAUUUCAUCAAUCAGUGGAUGCAUGAAGUAACACGAUAUCAAAGAGGUGAAACUCAAGAAAAAACAGUUGCAGGUCGUAAUGGAGAAGGAAAUAAACUCAAUCAACUCUUUAGACCUUGGGGUGUCUUUGUCGAUCGAGAACACACGAUUUAUGUGUCUGACUCUGGUAAUCAUCGGGUGAUGAAAUGGGAACAAGGAGCAAAACAAGGAAUUAUCGUCGCCGGUGGUCAAGGAGGAGACAGUCUUACAGAAUUGUAUUGUCCUCGAGGAAUCGUCGUUGAUCAAUUGGAGACCAUCUAUGUGGCUGAUGAGUUGAACAAUCGAAUUAUGCGUUGGCCCAAAGGAGCCAAACAGGGAAGUAUCAUAAUUGGUGGAAACGGGAAAGGGAGCAAUUCGAAUCAAUUAAAUUAUCCCAUAGGUUUGUCAUUUGAUUGUUAUGGCAAUCUCUAUGUCAUCGAUUCCGAUAAUGCUCGUGUUCAACGCUUUGAUAUCCAAUGA